AUGUCUGCCGAACCCAAAUCAAUUCAAGUUAAUCGCUUGAGUGUUCACGAUCUGUUUAUAAUUCUCUCGUAUUCCCUCUAUCCACCUACUUUCCUAUUUGGACCUCUUACUCUCUAUUCCGACUGGUGUUCCUCACGUCAAAAUGAGGUUACUAGGUCUGUUAUGGUGCCAUCAGACUAUAAAGGAUGCCUCACUACUCGGAUUCUCUCCCGCAAAAGUCUUGUUUGGCGGGGAGUUAGACUUCUUUUCUGGCUUUUAUUUUGGGAGCUUGUUAUCCAUGUUGUCUAUCCCAAUGCUCUGGUUUACUGCAUGACCGAACCGAUAAUGGGUGUACCCCCACCCCCUCUUGAUUCAAACGCCACGACGUUCCACGGAAGUCGCUACAUUAUAACUGAUCGUUCAGCGCCUGGUUGUGCCAUUUAUCUCCUUGGAAUGCAAUUUUAUUUCACCUACCUUCUACUCUAUGGUUGGCCAAGUUGGUUUUCUGAUUUGGAUAUGCUACUUAAUAAAGGCACUAGUAGCGAUAAUGGUGUCCCUUGUCUUGUACCUGAUGGGCCCCAGUUUGCAAUUCAUAACCUUAAUGAGCAUACUUUCUUACAUGCAUAUUUCGAUUCCUUUCCUUAUAGAACGUUUGACCGUGGUCUUUACAACUUCCUCAAAUGGCAUGUAUACUUGCCUUUUCUGAAUCAAUCCCAAGGACCGUCAGUUGGCAGAAAAGUUCUGGCUGGAUUGCUUGUCUUUGGUUUUGUUCUCAUAUUCCACACAAUGAACGGAGUAAACGGUAUAUGGGUGUUAAUCAAUGUUCUUCAAGUUUUCUUCGAACAACUGAUCAGAUGGGCCUAUAAGUCGACGAAAUUUGGGGACUCUGUGAGAGCUCGAUUUUCACCGAAUAAUAUCCAGAGAUUGACGGGAAUCCUCUGCAGUGUAAGUGGGAUGCUAUCAUCUGCUGGUUUCUUCUUCUUCACUCUUGGCUAUUCUUCAGGCAUUUGGAUACUUUAUCUCAUGUUCUUUGAUCCAAUUUAUCUACCUGUUUCACUUGUGCUUUUCUACUGCACUUAUCAAAUAUCAACUGAGAUGAAGAAUCUUCGAAAUAGUAAAAUUGAAAGCAAACUUUGCUAA